AUAGUACACUACUCCUACUCUCCCCAUUUGGUAUUGGUUGGUAGUACCGGAGAGGACGAGGGAGAUCGGCGGAUCUCCGAUCAUCGGAGCUCAUGAUGCUGUCAACGGACAUGGCUUCCGGCAGGCAUCUUGCGGAGUUGCUAGCAGAACGAAGCAAACUUAGUCCAUUUAUGCCUGUGCUUCCUCAUUGUUAUCGGUUGCUGCACCAGGGUAAGUUUUAACCUCUGCAUAGAAUUAAUAAGUACUUAAAUGCUUGUAAUUUAUAAUACUGCAAGAAACACAUCUUUGCUGAUGUCAAUUGAGGCUUAAAUGUGGUGAAGUGAGGAAUUGUAGGAGUUAAAAUAUGGAUGGAAGAUUGAAACUUUGUCCUUAAAUAAUGCAUAUUUUUCUGCCAGGCUUACAUAUUCCCUAUGUUUCGUCAAAUCCCACUAGUUUUUACCAGAGUUGCAACUGCAUGGGUAGAUCGAUGUUAACUUGGUCAUAUAGGGUUCCUUCUGUUGGUUUAGUGUAGGAUUUAUCAGUGAUCAGUGUAUGACAUGUGAUUUACUUUUUAAACCUUUGGUGAAAUGGCCUUCACUCGGUCAAUAUUGAUGACUGCUAACUAUAGAGUAAUUUUUAACUAAUGCUCACUGGUACAUCUUAUUCUUGAAAAUUGACCUUUUGAAGCAGAAAUAUUGCGUGUUAGUGCACUCUUGGAGAAUGCAUCUAUUUUAGGUCAAAGUGGGCUUGAACAUGCUAGCCCCAUGGCUUUGGGAGGAUUAUUUUCAAAUGGAGGAGCUAACAUGGACCGAAGGGCAUCACAGUUUCAAUCUGAAAUGCCAGGUCUACUGCAAUCCACCAGCCCUCAAAACUGGCUUUCUGGUCGUAGUAGUAGCCCAUCUGGCCUUAUUGUAAAGCGAACAAUCCGAAUUGACAUCCCUGUCGAGCGAUAUCCCAAUUACAACUUUGUUGGUCGCCUCCUUGGACCUAGAGGGAACUCACUUAAACGCGUGGAAGCAAGUACAGACUGCCGUGUUUUAAUCAGAGGAUGUGGGAGCAUUAAGGAUCUAGCAAAGGAAGAAAUGAUGAGAGGUAAAUCUGGGUAUGAACACCUGAAUGAACCCCUUCAUCUAAUUGUGGAGGCUGAACUUCCUGUGGAGAUAAUUGAUGCUCGGUUAGAACAAGCACGCGAGAUUCUUGAAGAUCUUCUCAAGCCUGUGGAUGAAUCUCAGGACUUCUAUAAAAAGCAGCAGCUGCGUGAACUUGCAAUGAUCAAUGGCACCCUUCGUGAUGAUGGUUCUCAAAUGUCUGGGUCCAUGUCCCCCUUUAACAGCCUUGGAAUGAAGAGGGCCAAAACCACAGUGUGAGUGAUAAUUCUUCCAUUAGAGGGAUUUGAAGUUCACUCAGCAUGCUGUUCUAGACCACUAGUAGGAAACAGUGUCAUUGCCGCAGUGGUUGCAGUGCAGCCCAUGCCUCCCAACCAUAAUUGGGGCGCCUGCGCAAUCAUCUAUAAGAUAAACGGUAUGGCGUGUGUGUAUUGGCUGGAGAUAUUCAGCUGGGAACAUCGCAAUAACAAACUAUUUGCUCGUGAUGGUUUUGCCCGCUCGAAUCUCCACUUCUUAGUUUCGUUGGAUCAACGGCUAUCCGCAUCUGGUGUGCUAUAUUUUAUUUCAUUUGUAACCUUCUUUUAACCUUUUUGUUGUUAUAUGGUUGAUCAAGGAAAAUGCUGUGUUUUGUGUGCAGUGUGUUAUUUGAUCAUCAUCACUUUAAUCCUGACUAGACCUGGCAAAUC